CCUGGUGAGCGCAGCUCCAGCCCCGGGGUUACCGGGCCUGGGGUCCUUGGGGGGUCGGGGAACGAGGGCCACACCUCUGCGCAGCGCCCGCCUUGCGCAGCGCCCGAUGCCCGUGCCCGCCUGACGGUGGCAGCAUGGCAGGGGCAGCGGGCUGCGGCGAGGGGAAGAUCGCGGGGCUCUACGACCUGGAGCGGACGCUGGGCAAGGGCCACUUCGCGGUGGUGAAGCUGGCACGCCACGUCUUCACCGGGCAGCAGGUGGCCGUCAAAGUGAUCGACAAGAGCAAGCUGGCGGGGGAGGCGGCCGGGCAGCUGCUGCAGGAGGUGCGCUGCAUGAAGCUGGUGCAGCACCCCAACGUGGUGCGCCUCUACGAGGUGAUCGACACCCACACCAAGCUCUACCUCAUCCUGGAGCUGGGCGACGGCGGGGACAUGUUCGACCACAUCAUGCGCCACGAGGGCGGGCUGGCAGAGCCUCGGGCCAAGGACUACUUCGCCCAGAUCGUCCAUGCCAUCUCCUACUGCCACAAGCUCCACGUGGUGCACCGCGACCUCAAGCCCGAGAACGUGGUCUUCUUCCAGGAGCAGGGGGUGGUCAAGCUCACCGACUUCGGCUUCAGCAACCGCUUCCAGCCCGGCAAGAUGCUCACCACCAGCUGUGGCUCGCUGGCCUACUCGGCACCCGAGAUCCUGCUGGGGGAUGAGUACGAUGCCCCUGCUGUCGACAUCUGGAGCCUGGGGGUCAUCCUCUACAUGCUGGUGUGUGGCCACCCCCCCUUCCAGGAGGCCAACGACAGCGAGACCCUCACCAUGAUCAUGGACUGCCGCUACACUGUGCCCCCCCACGUCUCGGCACAGUGCGCGGACCUCAUCUCCAGGAUGCUGCAGCGGGACCCAAAGCAGCGAGCGUCGCUGGAGCAGAUCGAGGGCCACGCCUGGCUGCAGGGGGUGGACCCAUCCCCCGCCAGCCGCUGCCUGCUGCCCCUCACCUCCCACAAGCGGGUGUCGGAGGAGGAGCACGAAAUCAUCCUGCAGGCCAUGGUGUGCGGGAACAUCGCGGACCGGGACGCCAUCCAGGAGGCGCUGGAGGCUGAUCGCUACAACCACAUCACGGCCACCUACUUCCUGCUGGCCGAGAGGAUGCUGCGGGAGAAGCAGGAGCAGCAGGGGCACCGCCUCAGCCUCGUCUACAACCUGGCCCAGGAGGUGCAGAGCAGGACCAACCUAUCGGACACGUUCAGCCCGGCGGGCAGUGCCAGCGGCCUCUUGCCCUUCAAAGAGGCUCCAGGUGGCCUCGCCGCGGGCUCCCGCCUGUCCCCUCUGCCCGCCAGAGCGGACGAUGGCAGCCGGCAGCCCCCCCGCACCCUGCUGAAGGUCCCCGCUGUUGACACCACCAUCACCAAGAGCACCCCGGCCCUGCAGCAGAUCUGCGAGGAGGAAGAGGAGGAGGAGGAUGAGGAAGAAGGGAGGCCCAGUGCCAUGGAGAGGAAGAGCAGCUCCCUGAACCAGGAGCAGAUGAGAGCCUUCCUGUGCUCCCGCCGCCUGCCCGGCCGCGGGGAGGUGUGGGGGCCGGGGGCCGAGCUGGGCAGCCAGGGUGGGCGCCCAGGGGCUGCCUGGGCUGGCAAGGGGGCCAGCGGGGGCUGGGGUCCCCUGGCGCUGCGGAGGGAGGGAGCGGAGUCCGCAGGGAGGGCGGAGGAGGAGGAGACGGAGCCCGAGGGCUGCUCGGCGCAGUCCCGCAGGGAAGGAGGAGCCCUCCCCUCGCUGCCGGGCAGCUGUGCCAGGGCCCCCGCGGGGCCGGGGGCAGAAACCAGCCCCGCAGACAAGCCCCCAGCGCAGGAGGCACCCACCAGCCCGGGCCGCCGGGCAGCGGGCAGCUUAGGGGGCACCGAGGGGGGUGUGGAGAACGGGAUCAAGCUGGACCCGGGCAAGGCGAAGGGCAGCAGCCUGCGUGCCAGGCUCCUGCAGUUCCCCCUCUGCGAGAAGGCUCUAGCCUUCCGCCUGCGCCCCGGCCCCAAGGAGAGCCUCCUCUCCCUCGGCCAGUUCAACUGCUGCCAUGUCAUUUAACCCCGGGGGGGCCCGCGGGCUGCCCACUGCCCUGCAGCGGCCGUGGGGGUGGUGGGCACGGUGCCCCUGCUUCACCACCCGCGGUGGUGGUGCCUGCUAACCCCAUCACUAACGCCCACCCCAGGCACCCACCGCGGCGGUGGUGAGGAGGAUGAGGUGGGCUGGGGUCUGUCCCCCCAGCCCCGCGGCUGCCAGGGCAGCUGUGUUGGCCCUGCCAGGGCUGGGGGGGAGGCCAGGAGGGAACUUUGGUUUUGGUUUGGUUGUUUUGUUUUUUUUUUUUAACUACUAGAAAUAAUUUUUUAAAUAGUCUAUUUUAAUGUAAGUCAACAGAGAUUGCUAUAACCCCCCCCCCGGACCCAGCCCCCCACCCCCGACCCGACCCUUCCCCCCCACAGCGUG